UGGAAGCUUACAUAUUUGGAAGUUUUCUGCACUUAUACAUACACGGACCAAGUAUUACAGUAAUAAAGAACAUACAUACGGAGAUGAUUUCAAAUCCCGUGUUUAUUGUGUCUGUCAUGAAUGAUCAAAUACUUGCGGAAAUUCUUGUCCGUCUGCCGCCGAAAUCGGUUUACAGAUUCCGGGCUGUAUCAAAAUCAUGGAACCAGUUGAUUUCUCAUCCCUAUUUCAUAGAGAAAUACGACAGACAGCAACGGCGGCCGGACGGUGUAGGUUUGUUAUCAGUAUUCAAAGAUAUCAGUUGCCCCUGCAGUUUCUGCCAACCAAAGAAGCGCAAGAAAUUGCUUGAAUACCCUUCUCUAGAACUUGAAGUCAGCCGCAUGUUUCCAGGACAACUCAGGUUCAUAAAUAGCUCUAACGGUUUGAUCCUCUGCAAAGGUCGUCGGUGUAAUGAGAAGGAGUACGAGUACCUCGUUUUGAACCCUGUUACAAAAAGGUUGGUCUCCUUGCCACCGCCACCGCUGUCCUGGCCUUCAGAAAGAUCCGUCGGGUUGAUGUGCGAAGAAAACAAAAGCCAACUGUCAGCCAAGUACAUCGUCGUCCUGACUGAUUAUCUUUACCUCAACGAAAGCGGAAAGGCUACUUUCCCGAUUGUGACUUACUCUUCCGAGACAAGGGUCUGGGUGGCAGCCAAACUGCGGGCGAUCGGCACCGCCGCAGAAAAAGACUUCCAUAGUGUGUUCCAACAUCAUCCUUUAGUGAUGAAUGGUGUUUUCCACUGGUACCAUUACUCGAGAGAAACGGGCACAUUAACGCUAGCACUUUACCGCCCCGAUGGUGAAGCCGCGGUCUUAGAUUUCCGGAGCUACGAUGGAUUUGGAAGUCACUCCACCUGCUCCGGGGCUCUUACAAGAUCACCCAUUGAAAAUGGUGACGUUUUAUGGUUCGCCCUUGUUGACGUUUUUGGCGAAUCCAUGGGAGUUUUCAUGCUCCCAAAAGGCAGUCAAGGGUGGGUCUCAGUGUACACUAUCACUGUUGAAUCGCUCCGCGGGGAUCACACGGCCUUACUGUCCUCAUCUAGGAUAUUUUUGAAUGGCUUGGUUCCGGUGAAUAAUAAGAAGACUCCGGUUGCCCUAAUCCGGAUGGAAAAAAAAGGGAGGGUAUUUCUUUGCGACGUGGACACGAAAGCCGUCCAAUCCCUGCCAUAUCAUGGACGUCCAGUUAUCACCAAGUGGGAUGAAGUCAUCUGUGGUCCGGAUUUUAUAGCUCAUUAUCCUUAUUUACCGCCUUCAUCUCUUUCUACAUUCGCUCUUUAGUUGAUCGAUCUUCUAAUUGAUAAAUUAGUUUAGCACUUCAAUUCAUAUAGUUCUAUAUUUGUAUUUCGUAUGUAAGUUUUAUUAUUUCUCAUGUAAUCGUGACAUCGUGUGUCUG